AUGGCGGACCCCAGCUGGCGCCGCGCCUGCGACCUGCUCGCAAAGCACCUUCAGUCGCUGGGGCAGAAGAUAACAGCGAUACGGCGUAUCUCUAACCGGCGCAGCUCCAUCGAGGAAAUCAAGAGAGAGCGCGAGGAGGUGAAGCGCAUCACACAUGACGCCAACGUUACCGAUGUGCAGGAUAUUCGCAAGAUAGUUAAGUCAUUUGAGCGCUUCAUACUACUCGACAAGAGCCUUAGCGACGAGGGUAGAAAGCUUGCCAAAGACGCUGAAGUGAUUCUCAAGGAUUAUGAGAGGACCUGCAACGACUUCUACCGUAAGUGUAUGGAGGGCGAGUCUGCACGGGGCGCUCAAAGCAGCCGCGCGCUUCAGACAUUCCGUGAGGCAAGCGAGGAUGACGAUGAAAUCGAAAGGCAGUCGCUGCUGGCCAGAGAGUCUCCGCAACGGGUUCAGUUUGAGCGCGACAUGUACGAGGAGCUCAUGCUAGAGCGCCAGCGCGAGACAGGUGAAAUCGCGGACAACGUGCGGGACAUCCACGAAAUUUUCCAGCAUAUCAGCGGGAUGGUCAACGAGCAAGGAGAGCAGCUCGAGGUCGUCGACAAUAACCUCUCUGCGGCAGAGCGCGCUACUCGCAACGCCUCGCAGCACCUGCGCCGCGCGCAGCAGUAUCAAACAACGUCCUCCCGGAACAAGAUUCUCUUCAUAUGCAUGCUGAUCAUGCUUGCCAUCGUUAGCAUUGGCCUUCUCCUCAGCUGA